AUGGAGGGAGUGAGGACAGAGAGAGAAGGGGGGUGGAGGACAGAGAGAGAAGGAGGGUGGAGGACAGAGAGAGAAGGAGGGUGGAGGACAGUGAGAGAAGGAGGAAGGAGGACAGAGAGAGAUGGAGGGAGUGAGGAGGACAGAGAGAGAUGGAGGGAGCGAGGAGGACAGAGAGAGAUGGAGGGAGCGAGGAGGACAGAGAGAGAUGAGGGAGCGAGGAUGACAGAGAGAGAUGAAGGAGCGAGGAGGACAGAGAGAGAUGGAGGGAGGACAGUGAGAGAAGGAGGGUGGAGGACAGUUAGAGAAGGAGGGAGGGAGGACAGUGAGAGAAGGAGGGAGGAGGACAGUGAGAGAAGGGGGGAGGAGGACAGUGAGAGAAGGAGGGAGGAGGACAGAGAGAGAAGGAGGGAGGAGGACAGUGAGAGAAGGGGGGAGGAGGACAGUGAGAGAAGGAGGGAGGGAGGACAGAGAGAGAUGGGGAAGAGAUUGAAAAAACCUUCCCUCAGGACUUGGCUCAUCAUGUGUUCUAAUCAGUACUGUAUUUAACAUGAGUGAUUGGUGAACAAAUAGGAGAUUGGCCAUUGACUAUAGUAGUAUUUCUUCAGAAUCCCUCCACUGACCUUGAUAAUUGAAGUAGCCAGUGAUGUAGCUAAGUGUCCCAUGCUGUAUCAUUCAGUGAUUAGUGUGUAGCCUGCUCUACAGCUUUAGUCAAGGUGGCUUUAAAAGGCCCAGUCAUUUAGUGGAGGACAAUCUUCAUCUCACACAGCUACUCUACCUUCCCCAUUCACACACACACACACACACACACACACACACACACACACACACACAUACACCCUGUAGUUUAGUGGUCACCAACCUCUUCUGAGUCAAGAUCACUUUGUGAGACAAAAUGCAGGCCGAGAUCUACUGCAUAGAUAAAAAAAUAAUAAUACAUGACUUAAAAAACGUAAGCCUAUGCUUACAGUACUGUAGCAAUGAGGUUUGUGCAGUAGGCUAUAUGCCCAAUACAUUAUAUCACUAUGCUUGAAUUGCCCUGCCAAUGUUGUUCUUCUCAGACCAUUUUUUAAUUAUAUUUGAAAAAUGUAGGUAUAUGAUCACAUUGGUAAUAUAUCAUUUGUUGUAUUACUUGUGAGGCAAGCUAAGUGAGCAUAAUAAUUACUUUUUAUUGUUUCUGGAUUGAUGCCCUGCAUCUGAUGGUCAGUCUGAGGGGAGGGAGGUAGCAGCGGUGAGGCUGCCUCUCACCCAACGCACCGUCCCUCCACUCUCCCUCCCUCCACUGAGAAAAGGGGAUACAGUUGAUGGCGAAACUCAAGUCACACUGCAUUAUUUCUGCCUCGUGCACCAAUUCAUGUUGUUACUCCUAUCCCCAGAUAAUGUGAAAUAUUCAUUGAUAUUAAAAAAAGACCCAAGACGCUAAUAAUAACAACGCAAGCUUAUCGGAACACUUUGCUAUACUCAUUCAUUACAACUACAGUUCUGGUUGUAGUGUGAGUGGAAGUAGGGAGAAUGCACAUUUUAUGGCUUAUAAAGGUGUUGAACAAAGUGUUGACAGUGCUGAAUAACUUAAACAUGAACUUACUCAUAAAAACAGCAGCUCUUUGCUGUAUUCGUUGACAGUCUCUCUCUAGUCAUGGUUUUAAAAGUUUUGCUGUGCGUUCAAGGCUUCUUUUUAUAGUCUGUGGCUCGAGGAAACUGUGCUUUCCUAUAGGUGCACUUGAUUUGCUCUCUGGGCCUGCCGGGUAGGCAGAGUUCUACCUUCAGACACAUGAAAUGGUUCAAAAUGGGAACACUGCCUUCCCGGUGCUAGGGCUGCUGAAUCAAAUGCACCUACCACCAACAGGUCGAAAUGGAUGAAAAUAAAUUGGAACGCAAGGCUUUAUCAUUGGGUUUUUUACAGAAGUGUUUGGUGAUCGACUAGGAAUGCGUUGGAGAUCGUCCAGUCGAUCACGAUCGACCAGUUUGUGACCACUACUGUAGUUACAGUGGCUUGCGAAAGUAUUCACCCCCCUUGGCAUUUUUUCUAUUUUGUUGCCUUACAACCUGUAAUUAAAAUAGAUUUUGGGGGGGGUUGUAUCAUUUGAUUUACACAACAUGCAUACCACUUUGAAGAUGCAACAUAUUUUUUUAUUGUGAAACAAACAAGAAAUAAGACAAAAAAACAAUUACAGCUGCAUGUCUCUUGGGGUAUGUCUCUAUAUGCUUGGCACAUCUAGCCACUGGGAUUUUUGCCCAUUCUUCAAGGCAAAACUGCUCCAGCUCCUUCAAGUUGGAUGGGUUCCGCUGGUGUACAGCAAUCUUUAAGUCAUACCACAGAUUCUCAAUUGGAUUGAGGUCUGGGCUUUGACUAGGCCAUUCCAAGACAUUUAAAUGUUUCCCCUUAAACCACAAGAGUGUUGCUUUAGCAGUAUUCUUAGGGUCAUCAUCCUGCUGGAAGGUGAACCUCCAUCCCAGUCUCAAAUCUCUGGAAGACUGAAACAGGUUUCCCUCAAGAAUUUCCCUGUAUUUAGCGCCAUCCAUCAUUCCUUCAAUUCUGACCAGUUUCCAAGUCCCUGCCAAUGAAAAACAUCCCCACAGCAUGAUGCUGCCACCACCAUGGGAUGGUGUUCUCGGGGUGAUGAGAGGUGUUGGGUUUGCGCCAGACAUAGCGUUUUCCUUGAUGGCCAAAAAGCUCAAUUUCAGUCUCAUCUGACCAGAGUACCUUCUCCCACAUGCCUUUUGGCGAACACCAAACGUGUUUGCUUAUUGGCUUUUUUUCUGGCCACUCUUCCGUAAAGCCCAGCUCUGUGGAGUGUACGGCUUAAAGUGGUCCUAUGGACAGAUACGCCAAUCUCCACUGUGGAGCUUUGCAGCUCCUUCAGGGUUAUCUUUGGUCUCUUUGUUGCCUCUCUGAUUAAUGCCCUCCUUGCCUGGUCUGUGAGUUUUGGUGGGCGGCCCUCUCUUGGCAGGUAUGUUGUGGUGCCAUAUUCUUUCCAUUUUUUAUAAUGGAUUUAAUGGUGCUCCAUGGGAUGUUCAAAGUUUCAGAUAUUUUUUAAAACCCAACCCUGAUCUGUACUUCUCCACAACUUUGUCACUGACCUGUUUGGAGAGCUCCUUGGUCUUCAUGGUGCCGCUUGCUUGGUGGUGCCCCUUGCUUAGUGGUGUUGCAGACUCUGUGGCCUUUCAGAACAGGUGUAUAUAUACUGAGAUCGUGUGACACUUAGAUUGCACACAGCUGGACUUUAUUUAACUAAUGAUGUGACUUCUGAAGGUAAUUGGUUGCACCAGAUCUUAUUUAGGGGCUUCAUAGCAAAGGGGGUGAAUAAAUAUGCACGCGCCACUUUUCCGUUAUUUUUAUUUUUUUUAUUUUUUGAAACAAGUAAUUUUUUUCAUUUCACUUCACCAAUUUGGACUAUUAUGUGUAUGUCCAUUACAUGAAAUCCAAAUAAAAAUCCAUUGAAAUUACAGGUUGUAAGGCAACAAAAUAGGAAAAACACCAAGGGGGAUGAAUACCUUUGCAAGGCACUGUAUAGCACUCCAUGUUAUUCGCUGCUCUGGCACCCCAAUGGUGGAACAAGCUCCCCCACGAUGCCAGGACAGCAGAGUCACUGACUACCUUCCGGAGACACUUGAAACCCUACCUCUUUAAGGAAUACCUGGAAUAGUAUAAAGUAAUCCUUCUUCCCCCACCCCCCAUAAAAAAAAUAAAAAUACAAAAAGUGGUUGUCCCACUGGCUAUCAUAAGUUGAGUGCACCAAUUUGUAAGUCGCUCUGGAUAAGAGCGUCUGCUAAAUGAUGUAAAUGUAAAUGUAAUGUUGCUUCGCUGUCACGAUCGUUAUACGGAGUAGACCAAUGCGCAGCGUUAGUUGCAAACAUAUUUAUUUAUUUAAUGAAUGCACGAACAAAACAACAAAACGAAAACGUGACGUCCUCGGUAUAACACAACCGACACGGCAACAAACCAAAACGGAACAAGAUCCCACAAACACAAAGGGAAAACAGACAGUUUAAAUAUGGCUCCCAAUCAGAGACAACCAGCCACAGCUGACACUCGUUGCCUCUGAUUGGGAGCCACUCUGGCCAACAUAGAAAUAGCACCCAUAGAAUACACCAUAGAACAAAACACAUAGAACUUACACACCCUGGCUCAACAUAUAGGGAGGCUAUAUACCCCCCUGUAUAUAUAGCCUCCCUACUGUCACUUUAUUUUACUGUAUAUAUAGCCUCCCUACUGUCACUUUAUUUUACUUCUGCUCUUUUUUUCUCAACACUUUUUUGUUGUUGUUGUUUUAUUCUUACUUUUUUUGUUUAAAAUAAAUGCACUGUUGGUUAAGGGCUGUAAGUAAGCAUUUCACUGCAAUGUCUGCACCUGUUGUAUUCGGCGCAUGUGACCAAUAAAAUUUGAUUUGAUUUGAUUUGAUUUGAUUUGAUAUAGAGUCCCCAGAGCCAGGGUGUGACAGUAAUAUCACCAUGACACAGUAACUGGGUCCAAAUAAAUACCGUCCUGAAACUGAAAGUCUCACAAUAGUUCAUAAUGUCACCAUAGCACUACAGCACUGUAACUAACUGUCCACAAAGUCUAUUAAAUACAGCCAGGCUGACAGUGAAUACAGUGCUUAGCCCUGUCUCUGUCUCUCUGAUUCUCCCAGGGUGUUGAUUGGCCGGCUUGGCCCGUGGCUGCGUUUGGAAGAUUAAACAGUGCUGCGGUAUGGACUGAUGGCCAGGGUUCUGCUCACACACACAUGCACACACACACACACACACACACACACACACACACACACACACACACACACACACACACAUAGUCUGCAGUAAGGAGUCAGUGGCCAGGGCCACAGGAUGUGAGAGGGACGGAGGCCCAGGAAGGACAAACUGAGCAGAGUGGAGAUGACCUUCAGCAUGAAGACAAAGAGACGCUCACAGCUCAGAAUAGAGACGGAGAAACACGACUCUCAUCAUCGUCGGUGUUGUGUGUGGAACAAUUCGAUAAACAUCUGUGUGUGUCUGUGUGUGUGUCUGUGUGUGUUCCCAUUCCCUUAGCUGAUUCAUCCCGACAGCCCAGACGUUCUUUCAUCCCAAUGCCAAAUCUAGUGUAGUGUCUCUGUCAAGUCAAAAGCUCUCACACAAAAAUCGUUUAUGUUUAUGGUUGGAAUGGCAAACAAAUAUUGAAUCAGUUUCAAUUCCUCAAUCAUUCAUCUACUUCAGCAUGUAAUCUAAACCGUAUCGUUUCAGUCAGGCAGUGAUGAUGAAUUUAGAAUCAGAGCAUGAUAACACGUUUAUUGCUCAUGAAACAAUGCAAUUUGCAUAGGCUGCCUCUCCUCACUAAUAUAACAAGGACUUGCCUACUGCAUGAGUUAAAGCCAAUUGUAUUUAAAGUGCAUCAUCACAAAGUCUCAAUAGAAGACUGUAGCAGCUCUAAACACAGAAUGGGUUGCUGGCCUUCUGCAGGCAUUGGGGUCGAUAGCAAUCAGAGACUGUAAUCUGUGUUGUAAUGAAGCAGCAAGGUCAAAGGCUGCAGAACUACAAAUAAGAAAAGAGUCCCUUCCUAAAUGAAGCUGUUUAGAGAGAGACUCUCUCCCUCUCCCUCUCUCUCUCUCUCUCUGUCUCUCUCUCUCUCUGUCUCUCUCUCUCUCUCUCUCACACACACUCAGAUGCUGAGUGGAACAGUAAGGAAAGAGUCACUUCUUAAAUGAAAAUGUCUCAGACAUAUGAAUAUAAUUUGCCUACUGGAAUUCAUUCCGCUGACGGGACGAAACAGGGAUCAACCUACCUGAAUUUGUCCAAUAGAAACUCUUAUAUGCAACUGUUUGGACUAAUGAUUACACCUUGCAGGCAAGAGUGUGCAAGGCGGAAUUGAAUGUGUCAAUGUCUGUCACCUUGAUUACUCCAAUUUGUCUCUCAACCUGUACACCUACUGUGUGUUGUAAACUUUCAUUAGUAGGCUAGGUUGUAGCAACCUCAUGAUGUGUAUAGGGAAAACGUGAGUAUCAUGUAGUAGCCUAAACCUAUCAAUGUUACAUUGAACUGGGUGAAUGAAAUAUGAAUCACAGUCAUCCAAUAUGCUGUAAUAGAAAUGAGGCCAUGCUCAUUAAAAAAAUGGUCCUCCCUAAUCUUAAACAGCACCGGCCGCCACUGGUGUAGGCCUAUUGAAACAAGCUGACAUUCUUAAUAAUUGGCUAUUUCACACAUGAAUACAGAUUCAAUAUUGAGUUACAGACAUUUACAGUACAUUUACAUUUACAUUUUAGUCCAUGACUAGAGUAUCUAAUGUUGGCACUGCAGUAUCUUUCUAAUGUUGGUGUUUUGACAUUAGUCAAUAGCUAAUGUGUAUGUCAUUAGUGAGAAGGUAAAUCCUGGUUUCAAGCUGCCUUGACAGAAGUUAUAUAAUGUUCUUUUGUUUCCAAGACUCUGCAUGAGGAGUAUAUUCUGUAGUUAACGGCUGGAGAGGAGUAGGCCUUAGCUUCCCUGUGGCACACACACACAGAUACACACACACACACACACACACACACACACACACCCUGACACACGCACACACACACACACACCACGUCGUUAUCUUUAAAAGUGAAAACACCAUUAGGGAAAUCCCUCAUGUUAAUGUGAUGGAGAAAAGGCCACACAGAAAGCCAGAGAAGGCAGGUGCUCCGUGCAGAUAGACGAUAGCUUUGGUUAUGAAACAGUGUAACUUGGUGAACCAUAAGGGAUCUUGUCUUGUUCUAUUAUCUUUGGGUUCGUUGUUAUUAUGUUAUUAUUCUGGGUGCUUGCUGUGUGUGUCUGUGUGUCUGUGUGUCUGUGUGUGUCUGUGUGUCUGUGUGUUUGGGGGGUGUUUGGCUCUGCACAUUAGUAGGUCUAAAGUGGAGGACAUCUUUCACUUUGGAUGUGUGUUACCCACAGACUGUAUCUAGCCCUGUUGGUGAUGCUGUUGCCCUGUUGGUGAUGCUGUUGCCCUGUUGGUGAUGCUGUUGCCCUGUUGGUGAUGCUAUAGCCCUGUUGGUGAUGCUGUUGCCCUGUUGGUGAUGCUGUUGCCCUGUUGGUGAUGCUGUUGCCCUGUUGGUGAUGCUGUUGCCCUGUUGGUGAUGCUGUUGCCCUGUUGGUGAUGCUGUUGCCCUGUUGGUGAUGUUGUUGCCCUGUUGGUGAUGCUAUAGCCCUGUUGGUGAUGCUGUUGCCCUGUUGGUGAUGCUGUUGCCCUGUUGGUGAUGAUGUUGCCCUGUUGGUGAUGCUGUUGCCCUGUUGGUGAUGCUAUAGCCUUGUUGGUGAUGCUGUUGCCCUGUUGGUGAUGCUAUUGCCCUGUUGGUGAUGCUGUUGUCUUGUUGGUGAUGCUAUAGCCCUGUUGGUGAUGCUGUUGGCCUGUUGGUGAUGUUGUUGCCCUGUUGGUGAUGUUGUUGCCCUGUUGGUGAUGCUAUAGCCCUGUUGGUGAUGCUGUUGCCCUGUUGGUGAUGCUGUUGCCCUGUUGGUGAUGCUGUUGCCCUGUUGGUGAUGCUGUUGCCCUGUUGGUGAUGCUGUAGCCCUGUUGGUGAUGCUGUAGCCCUGUUAGUGAUGCUAUAGCUAUGUUAUUUAUUGAGGUUGUUUAUGUGAGUGUUGGUCUGGAUCUGUUUUCAUGUAUGGAAGAAUGUACAGUACCAGUCAAAGGUUUGGACACUCCUACUCAUUCAAGGGUUUUUCUUUAUUUUUACUAUUUUCUACAUUGUAGAAUAUAAGUGAAGACAUCAAAACUAUGAAAUAACACAUAUGGAAUCAUGUAGUAACCAAAGAAGUGUUAAACAAAUCAAAAUAUAUUUGAGAUUUGAGAUUCUUCAAAAAUCCACCCUUUGCCUUGAUGACAGCUUUGCACACUCUUGGCAUUCUCUCAACCAGCUUCAUGAGGUAGUCACCUGGAAUGCAUUUCAAUUAACAGGUGUGCCUUCUUAAAAGUUAAUUUGUGGAAUUUCUUUCCUUCUUAAUGCUUUUUAGCCAAUCAGUUGUGUUGUGACAAGGUAGGAGGGGUAUACAGAAUAUAGCCCUAUUUGGUAAAAUACCAAGUCCCUAUUAUGGCAAGAACAGCUCAAAUUAGCAAAGAGAAACGACAGUCCAUUAUUACUUUAAGACAUGAACGUCAGUCAAUAUGGAAAAUGUCAAGAAAUUUGAAAGUUUAUUCAAGUGGAGUUGCAAAAACCAUCAAGCGCUUUGAUGAAACUGGCUUUCAUGAGGACCGCGACAGGAAUGGAAGACCCAGAGUUAACUAUGCUGCAGAUGAUAAGUUCAGUAGAGUUACCAGCCUCAGAAAUUGCAACGCAAAUAAAUGCUUCACAGAGUUCAAGUAACAGACACAUCUCAACAUCAGCCGUUCAGAGGAGACUGUGUGAAUCAGGCCUUCAUGGUCGAAUUGCUGCAAAGAACCCACUAAAAAAUGACACCAAUAAGAAGAAGAGACCUGCUUGGGCCAAGAAACAUGAGCAAUGGACAUUAGACCGGUGGAAAUUUGUCCUUUGGUCUGGAGUCCAAAUUUGAGAUUUUUGGUUCCAAUCGCCGUGGCUUCGUGAGAUGCGGUGUGGGUGAACGGAUGAUCUCUGCAUGUGUAUUUCCCACCGUAAAGCAUGGAGGAGGAUGUGUUAUGGUGUGGGGGUGCUUUGCUGGUGACACUGUCUGUGAUUUAUUUAGAAUUCAAGGCACACUUAACCAGCAUGGCUACCACAGCAUUCUGCAGCGAUACGCCAUCCCAUCUGGUUUGGGCUUAGUGGGACUAUCAUUUGUUUUUAAACAGGACAAUGACCCAACAGACCUCCAGACUGUGUAAGGGCUAUUUUACCAAGAAGGAGAGUGAUGGAGUUCUGCAUCAGAUGACCUGGCCUCCACAAUAAUAAUAAUAAUAAUAUGCCAUUUAGCAGACGCUUUUAUCCAAAGCGACUUACAGUCAUGCGUGCAUACAUUUUUUUUUUUUUUUUUUUUGUGUAUGGGUUCGAUCCCGGGGAUCGAACCCACUACCUUGCCGUUACAAGCGCCGUGCUCUACCAGCUGAGCUACAGAGGACCGCAAUCCCCCGACCUCAACCCAAUUGAGAUGGUUUGGGAUGAGUCGGACCACAGAGUGAAGGAAAAGCAGCCAACAAGUGCUCAGCAUACGUGGAAACUCCUUCAAGACUGUUGGAAAAGCAUUCCAGGUGAAGCUGGUUGAGAGAAUGCCAAGGGUGUGCAAAGCUGUCAUCAAGGCAAAGGGUGGCUAUUUGAAGAUUCUCAAAUAUAAAAUAUGCUUUGAUUUGUUUAACACUUUUUUAUUUACUACAUGAUUCCAUAUGUGUUAUUUCAUAGUUUUGAUGUAUUCACUAUUAUUCUACAAUGUAGAAAAUAGUAAAAAAUAAGGAAAAACCCUUGAAUGAGUAGGAGUGUCCAAACCUUUGACUGGUACUGUAUGUUUAUAUGGCUCUAGAAAGAGAGACAGUAUGUUUGUAUAAAGACAUUUACUGGCUCUUUCCCUCUCCAAUAAUAUCUGUGUGUUUUCAAGCACCUACAGUACGUUUUGUGUGCACACAAGUUUUCUCUAAAACAUGAAUCACUUCUUCAAAGUCACAGUCAGACAAAGUCAGUCCGGACAUGUUCCAGACAGGCAGAAUGAUGGAAGAGACAUGAAGGAGGUGUGUGUGUGUGUGUGUGUGUGUGUGUGUGUGUGUGUGUGUGUGUGUGUGUGUGUGUGUGUGUGUGUGUGUGUGUGUGUGUCAUUGUAAGUCAAGUUGCAGAGACUCCUGAGUAGAAGUCGUCUCAGAUUGGGUAUCAGCCCCUGCCCUCUCCUGUCCUCUGUUUGGCUGCAGACUGACUGCCACACACACUGCCACACACACUGCCACACACACUGCCACACACACUGCCACACACACUGCCACACACACACUGCCACACACACUGCCACACACACUGCCACACACACUGCCACACACACACUGCCACACACACUGCCACACACACUGCCACACACACUGCCACACACACUGCCACACACACUGCCACACACACACUGCCACACACACACUGCCACACACACUGCCACACACACACUGCCACACACACACUGCCACACACACUGCCACACACACACUGCCACACACACUGCCACACACACACUGCCACCACACACUGCCACACACACUGCCACACACACACUGCCACACACACUGCCCACACACACACUGCACCACCACACACACACUGCCACACACACUGCCCACACACACACUGCCACACACACACUGCCACACACACUGCCACACACACACUGCCACACACACUGCCACACACACUGCCACACACACUGCCACACACACUGCCACACACACUGCCACACACACUGCCACACACACUGCCACACACACACUGCCACACACACUGCCACACACACUGCCACACACACUGCCACACACACUGCCACACACACUGCCACACACACUCCCACACACACUGCCAACACACACUGCCACCACACACUGCCACCACACACACUGCACACACACACUGCCACACACACUGCCCACACACACUGCCACACACACUGCCACACACACUGCCACACACACUGCCACACACACUGCCACACACACUGCCACACACACUGCCACACUCGAACACCAGAUUUUGUCUAAUAGAUUUCGUCCAAGUUCAGUUAAAAACUGGAAACGACCUGAAAGAGACAGAAAUUACUUUAAAUUACUGAAUAUUCAGUGGAGGAUGAAACAUUUAGUGUUUGCAUAGAUACUGUAAGCUCUAAUAGGUUAUUGUAUGUAGAAUGCGUUGACAUUGUGUGAAUGACCUAAACGUAUUGAAAGUGACAGGCUACUUCAAAUGAUGGAUGAUCCAGUGUGGAUAAUAGACAUAGAGGAGUCGUAAUAGCUUAUUGAAUUGAAGAAUGCAAUAAAGUUUACGGUUGUCUCAAUGUAUUAUAAUGGCAGAAAUAGCCCCAUAGAAUCUGUAGGAUUUAGCAGUAAUGGGUCUCUAAUGCCAUCUAAUGACAUCUUUAAUUAUAUUUCUAGUCCCACAGAAAAUUACUACCCUGGUCUCAUACUGUAGUGCUGUAUUCAACUCUUCUGAGGGGAGUUACUGAUUUAAAUUCAUGUAAAAACGUAAACCUAGAGUACGUUGAGGGGAGUUCCUGAUUUAAAUUCAUGUAAAAACAUAGACCUAGAGUACAUUGAGGGGAGCUACUGAUUUAAAUGAAUGUAAAAACAAAUAGAACAAAUAUGUAGUUAGGAGGUAACAAGGUGUUACAAGGUUUUCUUUUGGCAGUAAUGAUAUUCUUAAUUAAUAAAAAAUUUAUUUUAUUUGUGCUCAGGAGAAGACCGUCCCAGGGAGAAUGUGGUGGGCAGCACAGCGGACGGCCAGGCGGCGAACGGCGGGGCACCGGGGGCGGAGCCUGCUACGGGGAGGCGGAGACUUCGCUGCUGCAUCAAAAUCACGGCCGUACAGGUGCAGAAGGUGCUGUGGGGCGUUGCCAUGGUGAUGUGCGUGUGCUCGUCAUGGGCCGGGUCCACCCAGCUGGCCAAGCUCACCUUUAAGCAGGUAAAGAACCUGACGGAAGCUACAUGCUAAACGUAACACAUACACACACUCAAACUCAGAUUCACACGAUCCACAACGGAGUGCUAGCAAGUGGCAGAUGAAACAUGUUAAUAAGAAUGUUAAAGUCCUUUGUUUUGUUGUGGAUACCCAGUUCGACGCUCCCUUCACCCUCACCUGGUUCGCCACCACCUGGAACUGCCUCUUCUUCCCCCUCUACUACAUCGGACACCUGUGGAAGAGCCCCGAGAGACAGACCCCCAGACAGAGGUUCAGGUAAUCCAUCAAUCAAAUACAAUGGAUUUAUACUGUUUACAUCAACUGUUGUCCUAAAGGUUCAUCAACGGACACCAGGGGACAAAGAAGGAGUGA